AUGAUUUUAUUGACAUUCUGUUUCUAUUUGACACUACAAUUGAAUCACAUUAGUGGACAACUGAAUGAACACACCAAUGUACAACAGAAUCAAACUAUCUCACAUAUUGUUUUAGAUGCAAAUGAAACUAAUCCGAUUGCCGAUAACAAUCAAUCAGAAAUGGAUGUUACGAAUCUAAUGGAAAAUCAAUUGGAUUCAUCAGAUAUUGACAUUGAAAGGAAAAGGAGGUCACAACAAACACAACUUAUCAUAGAUUUCAGUGGAAUAAAUGAAAAGAGAAUAGCGUUACAGAGACAAAUAUCGGAAGGAGAUGACAGAAUAUCAUCGAUUGUACAAAAUCAAGAACAGCGUGCAAUAUCGAAAACACAAAGAAAUAUCAGUGAAUUUCAAGUAGAGCAACGACAAAAUAUAGAAGAAAAAUUACUGAAAGAAAAAAAACAUCAAAGAAUAAACCAAAAUAACAAAAAUGAAGGAAUGAAGAAUAAAAUUGAAGACGAGAACACCAUUAAAACAACACAAACAAAAAUAAUGUACACAGAAAUAUCAAAUGAAACACCAACAUCAAAACCAGUUACCGAUGUCGCGCAACUCACAACAGAACAAUUACUCGACAACGCACAAGUCGUGCCCAACAUCACCACCUCCAUCAACACUGAGACUACACUCACCAAUGCACAAUCCACACAACCAUCAUCACCUGCAUCUCCAACAUCACAACCAGUUACCGAUGUCGCGCAACUCACAACAGAACAAUUACUCGACAACGCACAAGUCGUGCCCAACAUCACCACCUCCAUCAACACUGAGACUACACUCACCAAUGCACAAUCCACACAACCAUCACCUGCAUCUCCAACAUCACAACCAGUUACCGAUGUCGCGCAACUCACAACAGAACAAUUACUCGACAACGCACAAGUCGUGCCCAACAUCACCACCUCCAUCAACACUGAGACUACACUCACCAAUGCACAAUCCACACAACCAUCAUCACCUGCAUCUCCAACAUCACAACCAGUUACCGAUGUCGCGCAACUCACAACAGAACAAUUACUCGACAACGCACAAGUCGUGCCCAACAUCACCACCUCCAUCAACACUGAGACUACACUCACCAAUGCACAAUCCACAAAACCAUCAUCACCUGCAUCUCCAACAUCACAACCAGUUACCGAUGUCGCGCAACUCGCAACAGAACAAUUACUCGACAUCGCACAAGUCGUGCCCAACAUCACCACCUCCAUCAACACUGAGACUACACUCACCAAUGCACAAUCCACACAACCAUCAUCUGCAUCUCCAACAUCACAACCAGUUACCGAUGUCACGCAACUCACAACAGAACAAUUACUCGACAACGCACAAGUCGUGCCCAACAUCACCACCUCCAUCAACACUGAGACUACACUCACCAAUGCACAAUCCACACAACCAUCAUCACCUGCAUCUCCAACAUCACAACCAGUUACCGAUGUCGCGCAACUCACAACAGAACAAUUACUCGACAACGCACAAGUCGUGCCCAACAUCACCACCUCCAUCAACACUGAGACUACACUCACCAAUGCACAAUCCACACAACCAUCAUCACCUGCAUCUCCAACAUCACAACCAGUUACCGAUGUCGCGCAACUCACAACAGAACAAUUACUCGACAACGCACAAGUCGUGCCCAACAUCACCACCUCCAUCAACACUGAGACUACACUCACCAAUGCACAAUCCACACAACCACCAUCACCUGCAUCUCCAACAUCACAACCAGUUACCGAUGUCACGCAACUCACAACAGAACAAUUACUCGACAACGCACAAGUCGUGCCCAACAUCACCACCUCCAUCAACACUGAGACUACACUCACCAAUGCACAAUCCACACAACCAUCAUCACCUGCAUCUCCAACAUCACAACCAGUUACCGAUGUCGCGCAACUCGCAACAGAACAAUUACUCGACAACGCACAAGUCGUGCCCAACAUCACCACCUCCAUCAACACUGAGACUACACUCACCAAUGCACAAUCCACACAACCAUCAUCACCUGCAUCUCCAACAUCACAACCAGUUACCGAUGUCGCGCAACUCACAACAGAACAAUUACUCGACAACGCACAAGUCGUGCCCAACAUCACCACCUCCAUCAACACUGAGACUACACUCACCAAUGCACAAUCCACACAACCAUCAUCACCUGCAUCUCCAACAUCACAACCAGUUACCGAUGUCGCGCAACUCGCAACAGAACAAUUACUCGACAACGCACAAGUCGUGCCCAACAUCACCACCUCCAUCAACACUGAGACUACACUCACCAAUGCACAAUCCACACAACCAUCAUCACCUGCAUCUCCAACAUCACAACCAGUUACCGAUGUCGCGCAACUCGCAACAGAACAAUUACUCGACAACGCACAAGUCGUGCCCAACAUCACCACCUCCAUCAACACUGAGACUACACUCACCAAUGCACAAUCCACACAACCAUCAUCACCUGCAUCUCCAACAUCACAACCAGUUACCGAUGUCACGCAACUCACAACAGAACAAUUACUCGACAACGCACAAGUCGUGCCCAACAUCACCACCUCCAUCAACACUGAGACUACACUCACCAAUGCACAAUCCACACAACCAUCAUCACCUGCAUCUCCAACAUCACAACCAGUUACCGAUGUCGCGCAACUCACAACAGAACAAUUACUCGACAACGCACAAGUCGUGCCCAACAUCACCACCUCCAUCAACACUGAGACUACACUCACCAAUGCACAAUCCACACAACCAUCAUCACCUGCAUCUCCAACAUCACAACCAGUUACCGAUGUCGCGCAACUCACAACAGAACAAUUACUCGACAACGCACAAGUCGUGCCCAACAUCACCACCUCCAUCAACACUGAGACUACACUCACCAAUGCACAAUCCACACAACCAUCAUCCUGCAUCUCCAACAUCACAACCAGUUACCGAUGUCGCGCAACUCACAACAGAACAAUUACUCGACAACGCACAAGUCGUGCCCAACAUCACCACCUCCAUCAACACUGA